ACCACCUUUUAUUAUUACACUCACUGUCCCUUUUCCCCCAUUUUCUUCACUAUACUAUAUUCCAAUUUCUUCUUACAUGAACCAAAAAACCAAUCUCCCUUUUCUUCGGUUGACUCGAAUCUAACAUAUAAACUUAUUGUAUUUUGUUACUCUCUUUUCAGAAUACCCUUUAAAUCUCCAUUGAAGGAGUAUUUAUUUUGUAUAUUUCGAAGAUGGGUACAGAGAGUAAUUACCAGAUGAAGGUGGUGAAAGGGGAUUAUGGUUAUGUGCUUGAAGAUGUUCCUCACUUGACUGAUUACAUCCCUGAUCUUCCUACUUAUGACAACCCAUUGCGGUCAAAUCCUGCAUAUUCAGUUGUGAAGCAGUACUUUGUUGACAUGGAUGAUACUGUCCCCCAAAAGGUUGUCGUUCACAAGGACAGUGCAAGAGGGGUGCAUUUCCGCCGGGCUGGUCCACGUCAGAAGGUGUACUUCAGUUCGGAUGAUGUUCGUGCUUGUAUUGUAACUUGUGGUGGUUUGUGCCCAGGGCUAAACACUGUGAUCAGAGAAAUUGUACAUAGCCUUGAUUAUAUGUAUGGGGUCAGCAAAGUCUUUGGAAUAGAUGGAGGUUACAGGGGUUUCUAUUCAAAGAAUAUCAUCACUUUGACACCAAAGACUGUUAAUGACAUUCAUAAACGUGGUGGUACAAUUCUUGGAACAUCACGAGGAGGCCAUGAUACCACGAAGAUUGUUGACAGCAUACAGGAUCGUGGAAUUAAUCAGGUUUAUAUAAUCGGUGGUGAUGGAACUCAGAAAGGAGCAGCUGUAAUAUAUGAGGAAAUUAGGCGGCGUGGUCUCAAAGUAGUUGUUGCUGGGAUCCCCAAGACGAUUGAUAAUGAUAUUCCUGUCAUUGACAAGUCAUUUGGUUUUGAUACUGCUGUAGAGGAGGCUCAACGUGCCAUAAAUGCAGCUCACGUUGAAGCUGAAAGUGCUGAGAAUGGUAUUGGUGUGGUGAAGCUAAUGGGGCGCUAUAGUGGAUUCAUCGCAAUGUAUGCCACUUUGGCGAGCAGAGAUGUUGAUUGCUGUUUAAUUCCAGAGUCGCCCUUUUAUCUUGAAGGAGAUGGUGGAUUAUACGAAUACAUCGAGAAACGGCUCAAAGAAAAUGGGCACAUGGUUAUUGUGAUAGCCGAAGGAGCAGGACAAGAACUUCUUGCAGCAGAAAAUUCGCUUGCCAAAAACGAACAAGAUGCUUCAGGGAACAAGCUUCUCCAAGAUGUUGGUUUGUGGAUUUCCCAGAAAAUCAGGGAUCAUUUUGCUAAAAAGCCCAAGAUGGCCAUUACUCUUAAAUAUAUAGAUCCCACUUACAUGAUUCGUGCUGUUCCAAGUAAUGCCUCUGACAAUGUAUAUUGCACGCUUCUUGCUCAAAGUUGUGUUCAUGGAGCAAUGGCAGGGUACACAGGUUACACCUCGGGGCUUGUCAACGGUCGCCAGACUUAUAUUCCAUUCAAUCGUAUAACCGAGAAGCAAAAUAUGGUGGUUAUAACUGACAGGAUGUGGGCACGUCUUCUUUCGUCAACCAAUCAGCCAAGCUUCUUGUGCCCGAAAGAUGUUGAAGAGGUUAAAAAUGAGGAGCAGCCGCAAACUCAGUUGUUGGAUGGGGAUAACAAUGUACAUGAGAACUCAGGUCACUAAGACUCCAGGACGGCACGAAAUAACACACUUUACAGUUUACAUGCCACUAAAGUAACUCUUGUUUUCAUCAUUUGCCUGUGCAGUGGUUCUUCUGUUGUUAACUUUUGAUGCUUUGAUGCCUACCAUUGUGCCAGAUAAAACAGUCACAUGAACUUAUUUGAAAGUUUUUGGGUCUGCCUCAGCUGUGGGCAGUAACAGAUGAAUUGCUAAUUCAUCUAGAGUGCUAAUUUCUGAAAUUAAAUUAGACUUUUUUUUUGAAAACUUUGUAAUAAAAUUUAAAUAGUGAGGAAAUAUGGGUGCGCACAUAAAUGAUAAACGUGUCUGGAUAUCACUUGAAAUCUGUAAUGAGACGUUGGCAGAAAUGAGCAAUAGAUGCGUUAUGAGA